UCAUCGUUCUCUUUCUGCCUGUGGUAGUGCUACAGUUCUCAACACACUCAUCCUCUCACGGUUAUGGCACGUCCUCCGAGUGACCGCCGUUCCUACCCGGUUCUUUACGCAAAUCAAGUCCGUCAUGUCAUCGUUAUUAUGCCAUCGAAUGUUUCCCAAGAUCAGCCUAGCGAAUAUAUGUCUUCCUCGCUCACAAGGUGGCCUUGGGUACUUGGCCUCGAAAUACAGCAAGACGCGCUCCAGAUGCGUUGGCUAAUACCGCUCUUGAAAUCCAUCCCCAAUGACCCCUCUCUCGGUGUUUUGGUUCGCCCUAUAUAUGCGUUCCCCUAUCGUCCUUCCAAGGCUCGCUGGCUAUCAGCAGGCAAUCCUUUUCAAGGCCCUACGGCAUUCAUUGGAUUCGGCAUUUACGCUUUUAUUUCGCGUGAGAAUACAACAACAGGAUGUCUCCGGGCCAAAACUAAUUCUGAACUGGAUAUCUCUCCAAGCGUUUCCCGAAAAUUUCUACGACUGGUCAAACACGACGACAUCCUCCUGUCGAAUUUCCUAAUUCGUCCGUUUAUCUCAUCUCGUUACGCUAACAUUGUCACAGGCUCUUUUGUGCCAAGCCUAUGCCAUGGUGUUGGUGCUGAUCCUUUUCUGGAGUCACUAUCCCUAGUUCAUAAAGGCUCCUCUCUCCUACUCAAUUCCAAACGAUAUCAUGUUUUCUGUGCCCGUGGCUCUCAGCUGUCUUCUGGAUCAGUCCGUUUACGGCCUCGCAGUUGGACAUGCUUUUGGGACAUUCCUCUACCUCACCCAGGUCGUAACGCGCGGCUUCAUCUACUACAUGACAAAUUGCCUUACCGUUCUCUUCUACACCGUAUAAUCCCGUCCGCUUGGCCUGAUUCAUCAUACUUUGGCGAGCAUGCCUUUUCCGCAGACCGUGUCCACUCUGCACUGCAUCAACUACAGUUUCCUCGUUUUGAUUCCCUUUCACCUAUAUUGAAUCCUGAGGAGAUUUUCGGCCUAGCGUUACUGGGGAUAUGGCGCUCACACUGGCUGUUUAUUUUCAAUGACACUCCUUUUAUGGCCGUUUAAAUCACACAGAGUGCUCGCAGAUCGAUUUCUGUCUCUAUUCAAGAAAG